AUGAGUGACGCCAAUCCCAACAACAAGAGGUUCUAUCUUGCCAUUGGCUUUGGCAUCCUAGCCCUCUUCCUACUCCUCAUCGUGCCAUGCAUCAUCGCAAUGGCCGUCGCCCGUUGCCGCGAGAAGCGUCAAGAGGCCCGUGACGCCCGCGCCCGCGAGCUCGAAGAAGCCCAGGGCGACGAGACCGCGUUCCCCAUCCCCGAGGGACACAUCCCUGUCGCUCCUCUCUACCAAGAAGCUACUCUUGUCCACCAUGACGAUGGCCACAUCGAAGUUCGCAAGCCCGAGUCCACCAAGGGAAAGGGCGUCGCCUCUCCUCAUGCCCGCCCCGUCGGUCGCUUCCAGGAGGACCUCCCCGAGGUCUCUGAGCAGCUCAGCGACAAGCAAGAAGGCGACAAGCAAGAAGGCGACAAGCAGGAAGGUGACAAGCAGGAAGGUGACAAGCAGGAAGAGGACAAGCAAGAAGACAUCAAAGAGUCUCAGGGCUCCCAGGAUUCCCAGGAAACCCAGGAGGUGGCCGCCACCGAGCAGAAACCACUUGACAAGGAGAACUAG